CGAGUCGUCCCCGGAUCCUUACAUGCAAUGCAUAGAUUGUUUUUCGUGCCAGAGCUACUCAUUAUAAUUUGCGAACAACUGUAUGACGAAGAUGAUCUCCCAAACGCUUCCAAAGAGGCUCUAGCACGUCUUUCCAGAACCUGCAAGGCCUUUCAUGUUGUGGCAUUGAAUGCUCUCUGGUCAAACCUCGAUGGUGUUGCGCCCCUAGUACAGUGCCUGCCUGCAGAAGUCACUCGAUUUUAUUGGGACCUGCCUCUAGGUACAGCAAAGGUUGGUAUAGCGCGGACACCUCAAAAAGCAGAAUGGGACAUCAUUCAAGGCUAUGCUAGACGUGUCCAACAUCUGCGUGUAUCAAACCCCCGUCGAUUUGUGGAACUAUCCGUCAUUUUUACACUUUCCCGUCCACCUACCACGUCCCCACUGUUCCCGAAUCUACGUUUGCUCGUCUGGAAUGACAACAGACCUCAAACAAUGGGCUUCUUACGAACUCUAUGUGGACCCCUUCUGACAUCCCUCACGUUUGAUUGCUCGACUGCUCGGUGGGAUAUAGUUGCAUUUGCAAGAUUGAUUAGUGUGCCCGCCAUUUGCCCUGCUGUCAAAGUUGUCGCCCUUCCCUCCAGCACUCGUUAUCCCAAAAUUCCAGACAUGCUUCUCGCAUGGAGCCACCUCGAGGAGGUCACAUGUGGUGAAAUCGAUGCAGACAUAUUUUGUCAUCUCGUCAAACAAACCUGCUUGCGAAAACUUGCAUUCAAGUUGUCACAAUCCAUCUCUCAAAGUCUUACAGACAGCCCUCCAUUUCCGCAAGCUUUUUCGCGCGUCCGUGAACUGGAAGUUCAUGCACCUGACCUAUCUUCUUUGAUCGAGUUCAUGCAGAAACUGCAGAUACGUCCCACAUCUGUUCGCGCUCAAGUGCAUGCUGGUCCAACUCCUUCUGACAUGAGAGCAUUUAUCGCCUUUUUCACGGAGCAUUACGUUGGCGUCAAGCUGCAGAAUGUCUCAUUAAAGAGUCUGCCUUGUAAACGAAUGCCCUCUCUGGCCCAACCUCCGCCGCUGCCAGUUGAUGGACGGUCGUACCACACUGGCAUCCAUGGCAAUGAUCUCAUGCCUCUCACCCAGUUCGGAAGCAUUGACACCCUAACAAUUGACGUGAAUUGCAGUAUACAUCUUGCGGACGAAGACCUGGCGUCUUUUGCGUCUGCAUGGCCUCGCCUUCGGACCUUUAGUAUCAACAAAACGCAUGGUUGGGUCCUAAAAUCUGACAUCACCCAGAUUGGCUUGCUCGAGAUGCUUCAACGUUGCCCCGAACUCCAGACUCUUUGUAUUGCAAUCAAUACCGACACAUUCACAGAGGUGCCUUUAGAACGCCCAGGAGGAGGAAUCCAAAACAGGAAUAUCCGGACACUGGCUUUCGCAGACUCAGCCAUCCAACCUCACGCAACCACCGUAGUCGCUGCAUUCCUGUCCGAUGUUUUCCCCAGACUCAAUGAGGUAACAGCUUGGAAGUCGGAUCAAAUGCGCACCCGACGGGACGCAAAUGGCGUGGACCCUAGUACGGCGUACGCCAUUCGUUGGGAAGGUGUUUCUCAAAAUGCCAAGGGAAUGAUCAGAAUUCGACAGCAGGAAAGGAGGUGGCGCUGAAACGAACAAACCAGUGGCCUGAUUCUUAAAUAAAUGACCUAUGACUUUCUCAGUCCGAGGUUCAGGAAUUUCUGGGAAAACGGUCGGCCAAGUCUUAUUUACUUAAGGUGCAGUUACGGUAGACUCGAACUAUGACUCUGAUGUUUUGCCCGGUAUGAAUGAAUGUGCAAACCAAUAUGGCGAUUUCAA